AUAAUGUAUUUAUAUAUUAUAUGAUAUUGCAUCUGAUAUGUUUAGCAUAGGUUAUAUGGAGAUAUGGGUAUACAAAAAACCCCAUCUAAAUUCAUAAUGCAACUUUCUGUCCUCUAAGAUGGAUUUAUUUAUUUAUUUUUAUUGUUAAAAUUGUUUAUACACUGUACAGUGAUGGGGUAUUUAUUUAACACAGAGGCUAAAUCUAUUGCCUUUUUAUUUUUUGUCUUUUUCUUAUAUGAUACGAGAGAUAAAUAUAAUUUCUGAGUAUAUAAAAUAUGCAAAGUGCAUAUUAAGUAGUGUAGAAAUUACAUUUCCAUGAACUUUAACACCUGCAUGCUCAUCUGUAAAUAUCUAAAAACAUAUAUACAUUGAGGUUUGAGGUACAGCGCUCAGGGCUAAUACUAAUCUUUAACCGUGCCUCUGUUAUUCCCAUUAUCUGCAUUGGAAAUGUCUGAGGUCACCAGCUGGGAAUCAUGCCCCCAUUAGACAGGCAGAAUUAGAGAAACCCUCACGUCCCUGUAGAAGGCCUAUAAAUAGAGCUAGCUUCCAAGAGGAACAGGAAAAAGUUGCAAGCACAUGUGAGCAUGUGUGUGAACCGUUGUAGAGCAUUUGCCUUAGCCUGAGUGUUUAUCAGUGCACAUGACCAGGGGUGUGCCUCCACCAGAAAAUAAAGGAACUGAGGAGUGAAAUAAGGAUUAAGGACUAAGAGAAAACUGAGCUAUCUCGGACACUGAUACUGAGCCCUAUCCAUUCAUCGCUUCUUUGGCAUCUGUCAUCAAGUAGCAAUAUGGCAAAAGAACAGAAGUUCUCAGAAACAUCUGUCCAACUGACUGAAGCUGCUCCACAGACCGUGGGCAGUGGUUUUACUGCCCCGGGAAACAUUUAUUCAGCCAUUUUAAGCCGCAACGAGGCUGUUAAAGAUGCUAGGCGUCUCAAGGACUUUCAGGAGCUCAGAGACAAAUAUGCACUUAAGAAAGUGCUGUUUGAAGACCCACUGUUCCCUGCCCAGGAUUCCUCUCUCUUUUACAGUGAAAAGUUCCCUCUAAAGCUUGAAUGGAAGCGGCCGUCGGAAAUUUGUAGUAAUCCACAGUUCAUUCUUGGGGGAGCCAACAGGACAGAUAUCUGCCAAGGAGACCUGGGAGACUGCUGGUUGCUGGCUGCCAUUGCUUGCCUGACCCUUAAUGAUAUAGUUCUGAAGAGGGUGGUUCCUCAUGACCAGAGCUUCACUGAAAACUAUGCUGGCAUUUUCCAUUUCCAGUUCUGGCGCUAUGGGGAGUGGGUGGAUGUGGUUGUGGACGAUCGACUUCCUACAUACAAAAACCAGUUGGUGUUCACCAGGUCUGGGCAGAAGAAUGAAUUUUGGAGUGCUCUUCUGGAGAAGGCAUAUGCAAAACUACACGGCUCUUAUGAGGCUUUAAAGGGAGGAAACUCACUGGAAGCCAUGGAGGACUUCACUGGAGGAGUAACUGAGUUCUAUGAGAUUACAGAGGCACCGAAGGAGCUGUACAACAUCAUGAGAAAGGCUCUGAAGAGAGGGUCCCUCAUGAGUUGUGCCAUAGAUGUUUUGGUUCCAACUGCUCAAAGGACUAAAACAGCAUCUGGACUUGUGACAGGCCAUGCAUAUUCAGUCACUGGAGUUGAGCAGGGUAAACGUAAGGAUGGUAAAGACCUAAUGAUCCGUCUGGUUCGUGUGCGAGACCCCUGGGGAGUUGCCCCCCCUCCUACCUGUAAGUCUAAUGACUGGGCUGCACUGGCCACAUCUGAGCAAGACAAAGAGAGACUCCGGCCUACAGAGCAAGGGGAGUUCUGGAUGUGUUUUGAAGAGUUCAAGAAGAACUUCACCAAACUGGAGAUCUGUAAUCUCACCCCAGACACUCUUGAGGAAGACCAGAUGUUUAAGUGGAAUGUGACCACGCACGAGGGCCGAUGGGUGAAAGGCUGCUCUGCUGGUGGCUGCAGAAACUUUCCGGAUACAUACUGGACAAACCCUCAGUUCCGCCUGGUUCUUCUGGAGGCGGACGCUAAAGAGAAGACCUGCACAGUGGUGGUGGCAUUAAUGCAGAAGGGCAGAAGACAAGAGCGCUGCUCAGGUGCCACCCUGUACAACAUUGGGUUUGCCAUCUAUGAGGUUCCUAAAGAGAUGAAGGGCAACCAACAACAGCUGCCAAAGGAUUUCUUCCUGUAUAAUGCUUCUACAGCUCGCUGUAAGUCUUACGUCAACAUGCGUGAGGUGACGGAGCGUUUUUGCCUGAAACCGGGCGAGUAUGUCAUCAUUCCAUCCACCUUCGAUCCUCACAAGGAGUCUGAGUUUCUGCUCAGAGUCUUCUCUGAGAACAGGAGCACCUCAGAGGUUAUAGAUGGAGAAAUCGAGGUGGAGCCUGUGACGGAUGUCAAGAAGAAAAUCAAGCCAUUUGAGGAGGAGGAGACUGAAGAAGAAAAGCAGUUCAGAGCCAUUUUUCAGCAGAUAGCUGGAGAUGACAUGCAGAUUAAUGCCAAUGAACUCAGAACUGUCCUUAACAGAGUGGUUGCCAAACAUAAAGAGCUGAAAACAGAGGGUUUCAGUCUGGAGAGCUGCAGAAGUAUGAUCGCACUUCUGGAUACUGAUGGGACAGGCCACCUAAACCUGCAAGAGUUUAAACAUUUAUGGAACAAGAUUAAAAAGUGGAAGCUGGUGUUCACACGAUUUGAUACGGACAAAUCCAGUACGAUCAGCAGUUUUGAGAUGAGGAACGCUCUCACUGAAGCAGGUUUUCAGCUCAACAAUCAGCUGUAUGACAUUAUUUGUAUGCGAUACGCCAAUGAACACAUGGAGCUAGAUUUCGACAGCUACAUUAGCUGCUUAGUUCGCCUCGAGGGAAUGUUCAGGGCAUUCAGAGCCUUUGACAGAGAUGGAGAUGGCAUUAUCAAGCUCAAUGUUUUUGAGUGGCUUCAACUGACCAUGUAUGCUUAAAGACACGGAUGUAAGAGGUCAGCCUGGUGGAAAUGCAGUGGUCUUUUCCUGUUUUCAACCUUUAUUAAAUGGAGAAUGAUCGGAAUCAAUUAUCAAUUGUACUGUACACCACUGCAGCUUCUUUCUUUACCAAAUCCUGGUCAAAAACAAAUUGGAUUGAUGAGGAGCUACUGAAUGGCCUAUCACGGCUCACUUAGGCCUUGUAAAAACAAUUUAGUGCUCAACUAUGCCUUUAAGAUCACAGAAUGUUAUAUACAAUGUCAUGCCUAAAAUAACUCAUCUGAACCCAUUCUGGAAAAAUUUGUGCGGUGCAAUGCAACUGUAAAUAAUUUAAAUAAAGAGUUUAACAUUGAA